AUGGCCUCCUCCUCCUCAACCCCAACCCCCGCCCCCACCACCUCUACCCCAGCCCCCACCACCACGACCACAAAGUCCCCCCGCCCCCUCGAAAACAAACUCGCCAUCAUAACCGGCGCGUCGCGCGGCAUCGGCGCCGCCGUCGCGCGGCUCCUCGCCGCCCGCGGCUGCUCGCUCGUCCUCAACCACGCGACGGAAGCGUCCGCGAAACUCGCGGCCGAUCUGGCGGCGAAGCUGCGCGCCCGGCACGGCGUCGUCGCCGCGGCGGUGCGGGCGGAUGUGGGGGAGGAAGGGGGGCCGGGGGAGAUUGUGGAGGCGGCGAGGGGGGUGUGGGGGGAGAUGAAUGGUGGAGAGGGGGAGGGGGAUGGUAAGGAAGGGGAGAUGCGGAUCGAUGUGUUGGUGAACAAUGCGGCGGUGCAGGCGAAGGCGUAUCUGGGGGAUAUCAGGCCCGAGGAGUUUUGGCGCGUGUACAAGAUCAAUGUGCUGGGGACGGCGAUGCUGACGCAGGCGGUGGUGCCGUAUCUGCCGUGGGAUCGGAGCGGGAGGAUUGUGAACAUGAGCAGUGUGGUGAACAGUAAUGGCAUGGCCGGCUACAGCAUCUACGGCGGCACCAAGGGCGCCGUCGAGGCCAUGACGCGCGUCUGGGCCACGGAGCUCGCCGAGCGCGCCACCGUCAACGCCGUCAACAUCGGCCCCACCAUGACCGACAUGUACCAGGACAUACCCGUCGAGGUGCUCGCCGACGUGCUCAAGUCGUGGUUCCCCACCGCCCCGCUGAGCGCCGUCCGCGACCACGACUCGGACCGCAUGAAGUACUUUGCCGACGCCCUCGGCGGCCGCCCGGGGUAUCCGGACGAGGUGGCGGGGAUCGUCGCCAUGCUGUGCUUGCCCGAGUCGGGGUGGACGACGGGCGGGUUGAUCGGGGCGAACGGCGGGGGGAGGGUGAGCUAUUAG